UCGCAUAUCUUCCCGCUCACCUAUACACAGCCUGCUGCCGUCGCCCCCCUUAUGUGCCCCCUCCCUUACCGGACUGGACCGACAAAUGGGUUAAAUCUGUCACCAGGAGUAGCCGUGAUAGAUGCACCAGGAGCGUCGGGAGAUCCCUUCCCGUCCCUUUGCUGCUUGACAGAUCUGCGCUCAAAGCUUUCGCCGUGCAUCAUCCACGCUGUGGUUUGAAUUCGACAAGGAAGACUGAAUUAAACCGUGUUUUUUCUUCAUUUCUUUCUUUUUAAAAUUUGUUUUAUAGGCGACCGAGAGAAGCAGCUGCAACAGCAGCACCGGUUCUUAGACCCAGACCCGUGGGCGGCUGGGUGGCGUUCGUCUGGGCGAGCUGAUAGGACGCAGAUUUGGCACUCUACCUACCAACUGCUUCAUCCCAAAACGACCCCAAAUUCUCGAGAUAUGGCGAUGAGAAGUGAGAUGUAGAAAGCGGACAUAAGGCCAUUCAUGUGGGUCUGUGUUUCAGCCAAAACGGACAACAUUUCACACCAUCACCACCAUCAGCGUCCUCCCCAUCUAACCAGUUGAUUUUUUAAAAUAACUAUCUAAAAAGUGUGGAACACAUGACACGCUGGUGAAUUCCCCAGGCAGGUCCAACACAGAGACUGAAUGAGUCCAUCUUUGACUGUCGGACGGACUCCUCAAGAGCACAGGACGGAUGCAAACAGAAUAAACACAUCUUGGCAAUUCACACAAACACCUUCAGCGUCUCCGCCAACGGUGCUCUAACAGAACGGGGUGACUCGCACACCGGAGGAAAAGUCGUUUCACGGGCAGGGAGAAGAUGCCAUUCCACCAUGUGCGGGCGGGCCUGCUCUAUCCAGACAACUACCUGAGCAGCUCCCUGGCAGAGGGGAACGAAGCCUUCCAGCUAACCAGCCUCUCCACUGAGGAGCUGGGAGAGAUCCGUGAGGCGUUCCGUGUUCUGGAUCGUGAUGGGAAUGGUUUCAUCUCCAAACAGGAGCUGGGCAUGGCCAUGCGUUCCCUGGGUUACAUGCCCAGUGAAGUGGAGCUGGCCAUCAUCAUGCAGAGACUGGACAUGGAUGGGGACGGCCAGGUGGAUUUCGAGGAGUUCAUGACGAUACUGGGGCCCAAGCUGCUGUCAUCUGACAACAGAGAAGGAUUUCUAGGCAACACCAUUGACAACAUCUUCUGGCAGUUCGACAUGCAGCAGCUGUCUCUGGAUGAGCUGAAGCAGGUGCUGUUCCACGCCUUCCGGGACCACCUGACAAUGAAGGACAUAGAGAACAUUAUCAUCACCGAAGAGGAGAGCCUCAACGAAACCUCAGGGAACUGCCCUGAGUACGAGGGAGUUCAUCCCAAGAAGAAGAAUAGGCAAACGUGUGUCAGGAAAAGCCUGAUCUGCGCCUUUGCUAUGGCUUUCAUCAUCAGUGUCAUGCUUAUCGCAGCCAAUCAGAUGCUGCGGAACGGCAUGGAGUAACCAAUUGCACUGUGAGCAUGGGGAGUGGACAGAACAGCCAUGACCUCACAUCUUGUCUUUGCAGCCAAAGCUGGACCACAACCCAAGCACUUCUCUAAACAAUCAGUUGAGUUUUGGUUUGGUUUUUUUAAGUUUAAUUUGAACUGAACUUACAAAGGCAGACAAUGAGUAAAAUAAGUAAAAUGAAAAGAGUUGUAUUGACGAUGUCACCACAUAGAGUCACUGGAUUUACUGAUCGUAAGGAACCUGAACUGCAAAAGAAUUCUGUUUUUAUAUAAAACGCUGAAAUUAAGGGGGAAGGGGUAUUAUUUUGCUGUUUUCAAGAACAAGACCACCCUUUAAACUUGAUUUUCUAAUUACCGAAAAUGUGUAUCAGGUGCUUUGAGCCAUUCCUAAUUUCAGAAAACAAAUAAUGGUUAUUAUGGACAACUUCAGAAGUUGCACUGAAUGUGAAAUGAGUGAAUGGUGGGCACAGUAUUGAAAUGCAUAUAUAUGUAUAUAUAUAUAUAUAUAUAUAGAGAGAGAGAGAGAGAGAGAGAGAUUGUUAUGUAUACAAAAGACUUUGUGAAACAUUUACAUUAGUCCACCAGUCUUGGGUCACAUACAUUCUAUGUUAAUCUACAAGAAGCACAACUCAGUACUCAGUGACAACCCACUCAACAGUCAUUGCUAUCCCACUAGUAGUAUUGAUUGAUUGAUUGAUUGAUUGAUUUGUGUGACAUGUGAAAAACAGUGAUGUACACGGGUAAGCUCCAACUGUCGGAAACGUUUUUAAAAAAAUCUAAUCAAAUGGAGUGAGGACUGAAAAAUAUGUUUAGGAAUGUAUUUGCAGAAAAUGUUUCAUCUCAGCAUGUCACUGUAAUACUGCCCAGCUGUGGUAAACAUAAACCAUGCAAAAGCAUGCCACUAUAUACACUGCCAUACCAAACAUUACCCCUACUUGUUCCCCAUGGAUUUCACUGUAUAUAUAAUACUACUUAGCUUAUGUAAUGUAUUAUUCCUCUCAACAGCAGAAUGUAUGAAAGAUAGAAACUAGUGAGCUAUAUAAGGGAUCGAGUUGUGACAUGCUGUCUAAUACAGUUGUUUUCUUGGACAAGGUUGCCGUCUAGUGGUGAAUUUAAGUACUGCAGGUAAACGCCUGAACAGCCAUGUUUACUAUGUCUACAGGGGGAAGAACACCGCCAAUAAAUCUGAGCUUUGAUAUGUUUUUUGUGUCAGUGUCACAAGGGCACUUUGGUCUGUAUUGGUCACUAUUUUUAAUGAACAUUUCUUUCCACAUGCCAAACUGGAUUGUUGCAACAGUUGAUCAAGGUUGGAUGGAAGACUGAAGGUGAUACCUGUUGUAGUUUCUGGGGUCAAUGCUGUGUUUUAUGGUUCAGAUUUAAUAGAGUUUUUUUUUUUUACAAGGCUUACUGGGAUGAAAAAGUCCAAGAAAGACCUUGUAGGAGAUUAGAAUCAUGCUCCUCUUCUUGCGUAAUGGAGGCACCCAAGGUUGAACAUCUCAGUGACACAAUAUAUUAAAUCUGAGGAUGAAGCUGUACUCGGUGGUGUUGGUUUAGGGCUGGGCAAUAAAUAAACAUCAUUAUUUAUGUGCUGAGAUUAAAACAGUAUUGUGGGGCCUGAGCAAAAUGUUACGUUUUCAUAAACAAAUUUAAGGAAUUAGUGAAAAUUACAGCAAAUAUUGUUUACAGUUAUCUUAACCAAAUAGCCCAGCCCUAUGUAGAUGUAGCUUUACAUAUGCCAGUGUUUAUUAUUCCUGAUUGCAACACACCAUAACAGCAGUGUAAGAGGACUGCACUGUGCUCCCCUGGGAUAUUAUUGUAGACUUGUUUGUUCCCACUUAGAACUUGGAGCAAUUUCACUUGUUUUCUAGCACUUUGGUAGGGCGGAGGAAAACAAAACUAGAUGUUUCAGUCAAACUAAUGUGCAACCACAAGUCCAGGUUAGACAAAAUAUAAAGAAGGUAAGAGGGGAGAGGGCUCUCUUUAAAAAUAAAUAAAAAUUUUAAGAAAGCUUUGUAAGAUUACAGCAAAAAUGUAUAAUACUGUAAAUCAGUAUGCAUGUUCUUGUUUAGGUUUUCAUGUCUUUGAAAGACAGGGAAUCCAAUAAUCUUUCUUUGUGGUGGCACAGCCUUGGUCUAAAUGUAGGUAUGUAUGUACUACUGUCACAUACUGUAUUUGACUUUCCAAUUUAUACAGUAAUAGCCAUUUUUCUAGUUUCUACCAGCUAUUAAUCAAAUCAGAGUGCGGAAGAGGGCAUUUUCAUAAAUAUGCAAAUACAAGGUCACGUCACCAACAUCUCUGUUUCACGUCACCUAGGGUAGAGUCUGUAGGCCUCACUGUGGAUGGUUAAACUUUAUAUUGAAUUCAAUAUAUAGUGUGUUUUCUUCACAUUAGGUUUUACUGGAAUGUUCUCACUGCCUCAUUGUCCUUGUAUAAACUGCUGUAUAAUGUAUGCUACACUUAUUCCUGUAAGUCGUUUCGUCUUUGAUAUUGACAUUUGACCAAUGGGUCAUCUCUUCGCCUUUGUCUAUUAGCAUCACAACCCUUUUGAAACCAGCAUAGAGCGCUUUAUCUUAACAAUUCUCCGAUAAUUGUGCCAUUCAGACAUCCUUGCAUGGCUAUGUAAGGGAAACAAGACCUUUUAUCGACACUUUUGAUGUUUACAUUGUUAUACUGUACAUCUGUAUCAGGACAGGAUCAAUUCAUGAUUUUCAUGUUUUUGAAAGUUGCUUUUAAGAUUUGUUUUUACCAAAACAUGUUUUUACCAGUUGUAGAUUGUAUAAAGACAAAUCCUAACACAGAUAUGUAAAACAACCUUGGCAUGCUGCUUAGAAAAGGAGAAAGAAAACAGCAAUAGUUACCAACUGAAUGGAUAUUUAAAAAUGCAAAUAACGAGUUUAAUCUGUUUAAUC